AUGACGUUUGAGCGUGAAGCCUACAUCGGAGGACUCUUACACGCUUUAUCAGAGCUGAUACGCCAAUUAUGAGCACCAGACCUAGACGAGAUUACUAAGCAUACAGACAACAUGAAAAAAAUUACUAAUCAUGUCUGGUAGGAGGCGAUCCUGUCGUCAGGAAACGGAGAAGGAGAAUUUUCUUACGCAUGUCGACUAGAUUGCUCUGUUUUUUAUUCUGAGCAUUCAAGCAAAUAUUUACAAGAUUUCUUAUUUUUCUAAAAUCCCGACUAUCCCAUGACGCUCUUGAAAACGGCGAUGCGCUUGAUGUGCCUUCGCUUUUUAAGGAGUACUGUUUGGGUUUCGCCGUUUUGCAUCCCUUAGCUUUCACGUUCUUCUCGAACGUAGAUUGGCUGUGCGGGAAUGGCAGUCCGGGUUCAUCUCAGGAUGAGGCUGGGUCGACUGAGGUAGAGAAAAAGUCUCUGAGCAUUCCGAAAAGGGUCUUCGCUGCUCUCUUCUCAAUGUGGCUAAAGAUCACACGAAUCGCGCGGUCUGUUUUGGCGGAGCAGCUGGUCUUUGCGCCCUUGGUAAACGCCGCUUAUUUGCUAGCUGCGGGAGUAUUUUAUGCCAUGUAAUAUGUAGAUAUUAAUUUUCGUCUUUGUGGAAGUGGACGAUGGCCUCACUACAAGUAGACAUUAGUGAUCUUUAAGGAUGUGCAGGAUCUUGGUAGCAGCGAGUGCCCGCAGCAAUAGCAUGAUCAUACGGCAGCGUUAAAGUGAUGAAGUUCGUAGAUGAAGGCAUGAAGCCGAAGACAUUGCGGCUCACAGAUUCUUCUACAGGCAGGUCCGCGGUGUCGGUUUUAUCCUUGCGAUAUCUUGCUUCCUCGUGUUUGCUUUGGUGAUCUCUCUCGCAUUGAUUACCCGCCCGCCCUUUGCCCUGGUCUCGUUGCACCGCUUCCUCGCGUCGUGGCCAGCGAGGUAUGCGCCCAUCACGGCAACUGAGGGCCGGGCCUGAGAACUUCAUAGCUACAUAAGGAAGAUAAGAGGCGCCAUGACAUGACAUGUGGCACUGGUACUGUUGUUGCUGUUGACGUCGUUGCAGAGGGCGGGGUAGUAGUUGAUGUACUAGCAGAUUGCUGCAUUGGUAGCAGAUUGAUGCAUCGAUGUUAGUCGAUCCCUCGAGGAUUUCAUUCUGUUCUAAACUCUGCACUCGCCAGACGGGUCACGGAGUUGGCAACGGAUAUUGAACGAGAAGAUUCUGUCCAGUGAAUUCCUAGACAUUUGGCGAUCCAACGUCUGCUUUUGGGGUCCGGUCUCGCUCAUCAACUUUUUAUGAAAUAAACAUGCGCCUCGUCCUCGUGACGCAUUUGCGCAGACUGAUUCUCUUUUCAGAAGCGCCACUGCCUAAGUAGUUGCAAACGCACGUUGUAAGUAAAAUGAUGAUUUUCAGUUUUUUAGAUGAGUAGGUGGCGUGGACGGUGUACAUAUAUGAAAGUCUUGAUGAGUAAAACAAAGUGCAAGAGCAAGUAUUUCCUUUUUCAGCACUUGCAUCAAGAAUUAUAUAUAUGGCGGUUUUGUUAGCAGUUUCAUAUUCAUGUAUUUCAGAUUGAGCAUCUUUUUCUCUCAAUAAUAGAUGCCUCCGCUCCCUUUUCAUGCUUGUCGCUGGUGAAGCAUGACUGGAGGUUAUUCAGCUCUCGCUUGGCCAGCAUCGUGUGGAGCAUCUUUUUGAUCAAACAAAGCAAGCAGUGAGCAAACAGAGCUAAGCAGUGAUCAAACAAAGCAACCAGUGAUCAAACAGAGCUUCAAUUGUUGUAAGAGUAUUCUAUUACUAUUCGCAAAUGUAAACUGUAAAGCAGAACUUCUCUGUAUCAGGAGACAGCGGUCGUAUUUUUGUAGUUUUUCUACAACUAUAGCCAUGAGUUUGCCACUGGGACAGGGACUGGGACAGCACGCACGAGGACAUACAACCUCGAAUGUUCAUCACAAGCAUGUGUCGGUAGGUCAAGCACGUAUGUUUAU